CCCGGGCUGGGGGGCGGCUCCCAGCAGCAGAGCGGGGCCGCCCCGGCCACGUCCCCUCCCCGCGCCGCCCCCUCCCCGCUCCGCAGUGCUGCGCCGAGCCGAGCCGAGCCGCUCCCGGCACAGGACCCCCGGCGAUGACCGACGCGGUGGUGGGCAGCGGCUCCGACCGCUGGAUGUGCCCCGGAGACAGGACCAUGUCCCUCCGAGCCGGCAGCGAGAAGGAGCAGCUCCCUCGGCCGCGGAAAGGCGAGGAGCUGACGGAUGAGGAGAAGGAGAUCAUCAACCGAGUCAUCGCCCGCGCCGAGAAGAUGGAGGAGAUGGAGCAGGAGCGCAUCGGGCGCCUGAUGACCCGCCUGGAGGACAUGCGCCGCAGCGUGCUGGGGGACGGCGUGAACCGCUGCAUCCUCUGCGGGGAGCAGCUGGGGCCGCGCGGCUCCGCCUGCGUCGUCUGCGAGGACUGCAAGAAGAACGUCUGCACCAAGUGCGGCGUGGAGACGACCAACAGCCGCCCGCACCCCAUCUGGCUGUGCAAGAUCUGCAGCGAGCAGCGCGAGGUGUGGAAGCGCUCCGGUGCCUGGUUUUUCAAGGGUUUGCCCAAGCAAAUGCUGCCCCAGCCGAUGCCCGUCAGCAAGAGCAAGGUGCCCUCGGCCCCCAGCGAGCCCAGCCCCGCGGAGCCCCCCAGCCAAGACCCCAAACUCCCCGCCCGUGCGCCCAGCCGAGGCCAGGAGGACGAGCAGGAUCGCUGCGGCAGCGAGGCGACAGCAGCCACCCGGGUCCGUAAGCCAGCCGAGGCCAGGACGGGGCCGUGUGGCAGCGAGGACACCGACGGCCGUGACUAUGCCACCGAGAGCGGGGCCACCAGGAGCCCCGGGGUGAAGCGAGCCGACUCCCUGCAACCCCCACGGCCGCCCCCGCCGCCCGCUGCCGCCCCCAGCCCAGCAGCACCCGCAGCGGGAAGGACGGGUCCUGGGGUGGCCGGACGGGUCCUGGAGGCGCAAGCGAACCCACCGCCUGGACCCCCAGAGCCAGCCCGUGCAGCCCCCAGGGAGGAGCGUGGGGGGGGAUAUGCUGUGCCCCCAGCCCGGGAGGAGAGGCCAGCCCGGCCCCCCACCGCCCUGCAGCCCCCUGCUCCGCUGCGGCAGCCGCCCCCCGAGGAGGAGGAGGAGGACGCCAACAGCUACGACUCUGAUGAAGGCACCACGCUGGGUGCCCUGGAGUUCAGCCUGCUGUACGACCAGGAGAACAGCGCCCUGCACUGCACCCUCCUGCGGGCCAAGGGCUUGAAACCGAUGGACUCGAACGGCCUGGCGGAUCCCUACGUGAAGCUGCACCUCCUGCCCGGAGCCAGCAAGUCAAACAAGCUGAGGACGAAGACCCUGCGCAACACCCGCAACCCGGUGUGGAACGAGACCCUGGUGUACCACGGCAUCACGGACGAGGACAUGCAGCGCAAAACGCUCAGGAUCUCCGUGUGCGACGAAGACAAAUUUGGCCACAACGAGUUUAUCGGAGAAACCCGAGUUUCCUUGAAAAAACUCAAAGCCAACCAGAAAAAGAACUUCAACAUCUGCUUGGAGAGAGUAAUACCAAUGAAGCGUACUGGGACGACCGGCUCGUCUCGCGGCAUGGCACUGUACGAGGAGGAGGUGGAUCGCGGCGGGGACAUUGAGGAGCGCGGCAAGAUCCUGGUGUCCCUGAUGUACAGCACGCAGCAGGGGGGGCUGAUCGUGGGCAUCGUGCGCUGCGUGCACCUGGCUGCCAUGGAUGCCAACGGGUACUCGGACCCCUUCGUGAAGCUUUGGCUGAAACCUGACAUGGGAAAAAAGGCCAAGCAUAAGACCCAGAUAAAAAAGAAAACGUUGAAUCCGGAGUUCAACGAGGAGUUCUUCUACGACAUCAAGCACAGCGACCUGGCCAAGAAGUCUCUGGACAUCUCCGUCUGGGAUUACGACAUCGGCAAAUCCAACGAUUACAUCGGCGGGUGCCAGCUCGGCAUCACGGCGAAGGGCGAGCGCUUGAAACACUGGUACGAGUGCCUGAAGAACAAGGACAAGAAGAUCGAGCGCUGGCACACCCUCCAGAACGAGAACCACGUCGCCAGCGAUUAAAGGGGGGGAGCCGUGCCCCCCCUCCCGACCCCCCCGCCACGUCCCUGCAGGCCCGACCGACGUCCGUCCGUCCGUCCGUCUGUCCGUCUGUCCGUCCGUCUUCCAGCGCUGUCACUCCUCCGAGCAUCCCCUGCCCUCUUCUCUCCUCCGCCUGAAACCGAGCCCAGAUUUAUUUAUUUUUUUUUUUAUAUAUUCACCUCCUUAUUUUUUUUUUUCUCUUUUGGGUCACUGAAUUAUAUCCCGGUGUGCGACGCUGUCGAGCAAUAGUUCCCCGUGAGCAUCCCUCAGCCCUUUUUUUUGCUCCGUGGGGUUGGGGUCACCCCACGAGCUCGGGAGCUGCAGCCCCGAGGUCACCGCGCCCCCUUCCCAAAAGGUGGGAGGGAGGUCGGGGGAGAAGCUGUUUCCCACCACCGAGCUCUGUCCAAGGAUUGUUGCUUUACGACACCACAACCACUGGAAUUAGCUGGGCCAGUCAGAGGUCUUCCAACCGAUUAUUUAUUUAUAGAUUUAUUUAUUUAUUGCAAGUCUGCACAAGAGCCGGCGUCUUCAAGCCAUGCCGUAGCCGUUGUCUGGAGGUGCUUUAGUUGCUAGCGCCAGCAGGAGAGCCGAGCCUCUCCCGGGCUGCUCUUGAUCAUUUUGGGUCCCAUUUCUGCUUCAGCUGCUCUUUCUGGCCAGCCUCGAGCGCAGCAAUGUCCCCGUUGGCACCGCUGGGACACCGGUGGCCGGCUCCCAGCUCUGCGUGCCGCGCGGCGCCCGACCCCAAACCCCUCUCUGCUGUAGCCUGUGCUAUGGUCUGAAUCCAGCUGUGCUGCGGAGCUUCCUUUUCACUUGGUUGGCUCGUUUUCCUAUGCUCAGUUUUAUUUAUUGAUUUAUUUAUUUCUACAUCCUUCCCCCAGGGAAUUUACCCCACGUAGGUACUCGCAGUGAGCAUCUUCCUGGGGCUUCCCCGCACAGCAUACCCCAAAGUGCUCUCUGCGACCACCUCUCCCGCACCAACCACCCCCUUCCUUGCCCUUUCUCCUCGUCUAUUUAAUUUAUUUUAGGAGCCCUGUGACUGUGGGACAGUCCCCAACCAGCAGGAAUUGAUCACUCCCUUAAAAAAGCCUCUCCAUGGGCAUUCCAUGGUCACUGCAUCGUUGAGCUCUUUAUGGGGCAUCCUUGUCCUCCUGUGCAGUGUGCUCCCUUUUUGCUUUUAGGACGCAGGUGUGGGGUGUAACCAAGAGCACCGACUCCUCAAUGCCCUUAACCAUGGGGGGCUAGCAGGGGGCUGCCUGAAAAGAGGAUGAGGAUGCUUUGAAAAGGGACUCUGUGUGCAUUAGGGUCUUUGUGGGUAAGUGCCACAUCCUGGAGGCCCCAAGCUGUGUUGCCCUCCGAGCAGGCUCUGCAGAGGAUCCGGGUGAAACAACCUCUUUUUUUGGGGUCUUUUCCCUGUGCUGGAAGCCCAUCCCCAAACAUGAUGGAGAGACGUCUGCUUGGGGACAAAAACACCUUUAAAAAAAUAAAACAAAAAACCUCCAAGCACUUCACCUCUCCCAGCUGCGCACAGCCAAGCCCCCUCCCUGUGUGCAGAACUAUUAAAUUAGGGUCGCUUUUAUUGGGGUAGCUUCCUCGUGCCCUGCUUUGCCUUCAGACGACCGCAGCUCAAGCCAUCCGUCUGCGCCCAUGUGCAACUCGCUGCUCCCCUGCGCAGUCCCGUGCAACGCGCCCCCCUUGUCUCCACUGCCACCUCCCCCGGAGUUUUUUCCCAUCGUGAUUUCUGCCCUGAAUGACUUCUUUUCGUUGUAAAUAGAGCAUGCACACAUGGAUUGGGAAUGGUAUAUUUAAAAAAAAAAGCCUCUUCUACUGCUGUUUGCAUUCCAACUCGCAUGCAGUGAUUUUACAGCCAAAUAUCCAGUUUACAAAUAGUAACGAAAAGAGAAAAUGUUACACAGGAACUAGAAAUCCUCCAGUCUUCCGCUGCAUGCAGCACAACAUCCUCUCUUGAUGUGGUAUCUAAUAAAGUGAGACUAUUGGAAAAGA